AGUAUCAACUUCCGGCUUGUCUUGGAGCUCCGUGCUUGUUUUAGAUAGCAACGGUCAUGAGAGACAAUUUAUGUGUUGAUAUUAUAACCAAAAGUUAAAACAUUAUACCACUAUUUAUCUUGUGUUACUUCCGCUUUAUAUUAAAUAGUUUAUCAAACGUUCGUCACGAUGGGUUUGCUGACAAUACUGAAGAAAAUGAAGCACAAGGAGCGAGAGAUGCGACUCCUUAUGUUGGGCUUAGACAACGCUGGUAAGACCACUAUUCUGAAGAAGUUCAAUGGCGAGGAUGUGAGUACCAUCUCUCCUACACUGGGGUUCAACAUCAAAACCUUGGAACAUAAAGGGUUCAAGUUAAACAUCUGGGACGUGGGCGGUCAGAAAUCCCUUCGUUCUUACUGGAGGAACUACUUUGAGAGCACCGAUGGGUUGGUGUGGGUGGUGGACAGCGCAGACAGACUGAGACUGGAGGACUGCAGACAGGAACUUAGCUCUCUGCUGAUGGAGGAGAGGUUAUCUGGAGCUACUCUCCUAGUUUUCGCCAACAAACAGGACCUUCCUGGAUCCCUGAGUAAAGAGACCAUUCGAGAGGCCCUGGGUCUGGAUGACAUUAAGACCCACCACUGGUGUAUCAUCGGCUGCAGUGCUGUGACAGGAGAGAACCUACUGACCGGAGUAGACUGGCUACUGGAUGACAUCGCUGCACGCGUCUUCACUGCAGAUUAACAUCCUGGGUGUUGCAUUAAUAAAACACAUCUGAAGAAGCUUCAGUGUUUCUCAA